CCCUUGCGUACUUCCGCUACCGGAGAUUGUCGGGCUCCUGAAGGUUAGCGACAACUGCACAUUCAUAAUGGGACAUGGCCAUGGGGAACACUUUCAGGCUCCUGACUGGAAAAGUUAUAAAAUCAACGGUAUACCGGAGCUAGAACAGCUUAAGAGGCUGCUUGCUGCGCAAGGUUUGAAAGAUCCUUGGAUCAGGAAUGAAGUGUGGCGUUACGAUCCUAAGUUCUAUGGAAAUGAAUAUAGAAAUGCUCUUAAGAGCUUGGGUCGAGGCCUGAAGUAUGCAGUGGGUGCUAUGGUCAUCACCAUCGCAGUGGAGAGUUUCAUGAAGAAGAAAAAGAAUGGUACAGCACAUGAAAGUGACAGUGAAAAUGGUCAUCACUGAAAUACAUUAUAGUGCCUAAAAUUCUGCUUAGCUUGUGUGCGACCAUGUGAGCCAAAGCAGACUGUAACUGGAUUACAUUUUUAGCAUGCAAUCAGUGAAAUGUGAAAAUUAUGCAGAAACUUGAGUGCAGUAGUGAUAUUUUAAUGUAUAAUGUAGCCUUUACUUUAGCAUGAAAAACUUCCAUAGAAAGCAGUAUGAUGAGAUCUCGAGUAAAAUAUUUUGUUAGCAUUUUGAUGAGGCAUUCAAUGUUAGGGAUUUAUUCAGUUCUACAGACUGCUCAGCCUGAAGUCAAAGAUGCUUAUAUCUUUUUUUUGGUUAGGACUUAGUGGUCUAGCUCAGUGGUUCUCAGAGUAUUUCGGACCAAGGACCACUUUACUAAAGUAAAAAAUACGGCGCUCCACCAGCACCUAAAAUCACUGUAUUUAAUUUAAAUUGCCACAUUUAUUUCAUUAUAAUUCAAAACUAAAUGUAUUUUUGUGACAGUGGUAUAGUAAUAAGUUUACAUAAAAUUACAUGCUUUGCACAGUACACAUAAAAAUUAAAAAUUAGGAAGUGUACUGCUUUACUAAGGGUAACAGAUGACACAGUUAAAUGACGCUAUGCUCAUGCUGUGACAUAAAGAUGUUGUUGGUAAGCAAGCAUUUUUUGCAAACGAGCAUUUGGGCAUCAAUAAAAUUAAAACUCAUGUGAAAUCAAUAUACAAGUGGUCUGCGGACCACACUUUGAGAACCACUGGUCUAACAUAGGAGUUUAACUCUUGUGCUUCACGGUGAUUUUCGUUCAUUCAAAGCAGGAUGGGCUUUUACAAUUUCCACAUUUACUGAAUUUAGAUAAGAAUAAACAGUUACUAAAUAUCAGCUUUAUCAUUACUAAAUUUUCUGGAACAUAAAUCUGUUGCUUGUAAUUAAAUCAAGUCAAAGUAGACAGCUGUCCUUUCUUGUUUAUCACCUGAAAUGAAAUGGUGGUCUUUCCCAUUGCCAAUUCUUUAAAAUGGAUCAAUGACAUUUAGCAAACUGUCCAUAUUUGUAACAUUUUGAGUCUGGGGCUUGAUGUUUGAUUCUGAUUGCCAGAUAUGUAUGAAUUUGAAGUAUUUAAGAAAUCAUCAAAAAAAAAAAAGACAUGGCAGGAAGAUCAGAAUUACAAUAAAAGUUUAAAGUAACAAGAAAGAAACUGUUUUUGCUUCUUUCCAUCAUGAAAUUACAUUUUCUCGUAAAUCCAAAGGAGGAUAGGCUUAUAAAAUUGUAUUUCUUAAAAAGAAAAUUUUGAUACAGGCUAAGGCACAGUUAAUCACUGCAACGUUUAGUCCUGUAUUCAGGAUUUGGAUGGUAGACACACUAUGUAAAAGUGAAUAAACAUACGAUGAUGAAGAA